AUGUCAGCUACUAAUAGCACAAUUGCUUUAUCACUAAGCACUCGCAUUACUUUAGCAUUUUUAAUGGGCUUACUAGCUUUUGCUAUAAUGCUAGGAAAUGCCAUCGUCAUUUUAGCUUUUGUGGUAGACAAAAACCUUAGACAUCGAAGUAAUUAUUUUUUCCUUAAUUUGGCCAUUGCUGACUUCUUUGUUGGUGUGAUCUCCAUUCCUUUGUAUAUCCCUCACACGCUGUUUAGUUGGCAUUUUGAAAAUAAACUCUGUGCAUUUUGGCUCGUUACUGACUAUCUUUUGUGUACAGCAUCUGUGUAUAACAUCGUACUCAUCAGCUACGAUAGAUACCAGUCAGUCUCGAAUGCUGUAACUUACAGAGCUCAACACACUGGGAUCUGGAAGAUUGUGGUUCUGAUGGUGGCUGUCUGGGUGCUGGCCUUCUUAGCUCAUGGGCCAAUAAUUAUAGUUUCAGAGUCUUGGAAGACAGAGCAGGGGCAUUGUGAACCUGGAUUCAUGUCAAAAUGGUACAUCCUUGCCAUUACAUCAAUCUUGGAAUUUCUGGCACCGGUCUUUUCAGUGGCCUAUUUCAACAUAUAUAUUUACUGGAGCCUGUGGAAGCGUGGUCAAUUCAGUAAGUGGCCAAGCCAGUCUGGACCCACUUCUCUUGCCUCUUCUAGUCUCUCUGGACACUCAUUCAACUGUGAACUGUUUUCAAGGACAUCUCUCACUAAACUGAAGGAGGGAGCAGUAUCCCUUCGUUUCAAGAGACAGAGAAGAAAGAGUAGUCUCUCGUUUUCUAUAAGAACCCAGAAGAAUAGUGAUAUAAAUACUUCCAAAAUGGGUUCCCUCUCCCACUCAGAUAACCUAGGUUUUCAGCGACGGGAACAUCUUGAACUUCUCAGAGCUAAGAAGUUAGCCAAGUCACUGGCCAUUCUCUUAGGUGUUUUCAUAAUUUGCUGGGCUCCUUAUUCUCUGUUCACAUUUGUUCUUUCAAUUUAUCCCCCGAAUCAGCGCCCCCAAACUGUUGUGUAUGAUAUCACAUUUUGGCUACAGUGGUGUAAUUCCCUUAUCAAUCCUUUUUUGUAUCCAUUGUGUCACAAGCGUUUUCAGAAAGCUUUCUUGAAAAUAUUUUGUACAAAAAAGCAACCCAUACUAUCACACAAUCGGUCAGUGUCCUCUUAA